UAGGACUGGGACAGAAGGGAGCUGGGUUAUAUGCACUCUGAGUACCGCAGGAUUGGGACAGAAGGGAGUUGGGAUAUAUGCACUGUGAGUACCUUAGGACUGGGACAGAAGGGAGCUGGGUUAUAUGCACUGUGAGUACCGCAGGACUGGGACAGAAGGGAGCUGAGUUAUAUGCACUGUGAGUACCUUAGGACUGGGACAGAAGGGAGCUGGGUUAUAUGCACAGUGAGUACCGCAGGAUUGGGACAGAAGGGAGCUGGGUUAUAUGCACUGUGAGUACCGCAGGACUGGGACAGAAGGGGACUGGGUUAUAUGCGCUGUAAGUACCUUAGGACUGGGACAGAAGGGAGCUGGGUUUUAUGCACUGUGAGUACCUUAGGACUGGGACAGAAUGGAGCUGGGUUAUAUGCACUGUGAGUACCGCAGGACUGGGACAGAAGGGAGCUGGGUUAUAUGCACUGUGAGUACCUUAGGACUGGGACAGAAGGGAGCUGGGUUAUAUGCACUGUGAGUACCGCAGGACUGGGACAGAAGGGAGCUGGGUUAUAUGCACUGUGAGUACCUUAGGACUGGGACAGAAGGGAGCUGGGUUAUAUGCACUGUGAGUACCUUAGGACUGGGACAGAAGGGAGCUGGGUUAUAUGCACUCUGAGUACCGCAGGAUUGGGACAGAAGGGAGUUGGGAUAUAUGCACUGUGAGUACCUUAGGACUGGGACAGAAGGGAGCUGGGUUAUAUGCACUGUGAGUACCGCAGGACUGGGACAGAAGGGAGCUGAGUUAUAUGCACUGUGAGUACCUUAGGACUGGGACAGAAGGGAGCUGGGUUAUAUGCACAGUGAGUACCGCAGGAUUGGGACAGAAGGGAGCUGGGUUAUAUGCACUGUGAGUACCGCAGGACUGGGACAGAAGGGGACUGGGUUAUAUGCGCUGUAAGUACCUUAGGACUGGGACAGAAGGGAGCUGGGUUUUAUGCACUGUGAGUACCUUAGGACUGGGACAGAAUGGAGCUGGGUUAUAUGCACUGUGAGUACCGCAGGACUGGGACAGAAGGGAGCUGGGUUAUAUGCACUGUGAGUACCUUAGGACUGGGACAGAAGGGAGCUGGGUUAUAUGCACUAUUCCCAAGGGCCGAUGAGCAUGCCCCACUCCCAUGGCCCUCCAAUGGGUGGCAUGGUGGGGCACCCCUCCGUCAUCAGCACCUCCAGGACCCUUCCAUCACCAAUGAGCACCCUGGGCGCGCCCAUGAACGGCCUAGCGUCGCCCUACUCCGUCAUCACGUCCUCCCUGGGCGCACCCUCCACGCCAGGGAUCAACUUCGGAUCGCUCCACAGUCCACAGAUGAGAGAGAUGAACAGUGUCAGUAGUUCGGAGGACAUCAAGCCUCCCCCGGGUCUCCUGAAUCUAGGGGACAUCAACUACAACUGCACCAGUCCUGGAGGAAUGUCCAAACACGUAUGUGCCAUCUGUGGAGACCGAUCAUCAGGGAAGCACUAUGGCGUGUACAGCUGUGAAGGCUGCAAAGGCUUCUUCAAGAGAACCAUCCGGAAAGAUCUCACCUAUACGUGUCGAGACAGCAAGGAGUGCCUGAUAGACAAACGACAGCGCAACCGCUGUCAAUACUGUCGCUACCAGAAGUGCCUAGCCAUGGGCAUGAAGAGAGAAGGUGUGUCGGUGCAGGAGGAGAGACAGCGGGGGAGGGAGCGAGGGGAGAACGAGGUGGAGUCCACCAGUAGUUUUAAUGAGGAGAUGCCCGUCGAUAAGAUUCUGGAAGCAGAGCUUGCCGUGGAACCCAAGACAGAGACAUCAGCAGACGAAGGCCCUGGCAACUCGACAAACGACCCAGUCACCAACAUCUGCCAGGCAGCAGACAAACAGCUGUUCACCCUGGUGGAGUGGGCCAAGAGGAUUCCUCACUUCUCAGAGCUGCCCUUAGACGACCAGGUUAUUCUACUACGAGCAGGCUGGAACGAGCUCCUCAUCGCGUCCUUCUCACACCGCUCUGUCACGGUGAAAGACGGAAUCCUAUUGGCCACGGGUCUCCACGUCCAGAGAAGUAGUGCUCAUAGUGCCGGAGUGGGCUCCAUCUUUGACAGAGUCCUGACAGAGUUGGUGUCUAAGAUGAAAGACAUGCAGAUGGACAAGACAGAGCUGGGCUGCCUACGAGCCAUCGUCCUCUUCAACCCAGAUGCAAAAGGCCUGUCAAAUUCACCGGAGGUGGAAGGGCUGAGGGAGAAGGUCUACGCCUCGCUGGAGUCCUACACCAAAGCCAAGUACCCAGACCAACCCGGCAGGUUUGCAAAACUGUUGCUGCGUCUCCCCGCCCUGCGCUCCAUAGGCCUCAAGUGUUUGGAGCACCUGUUUUUCUUCAAGCUGAUAGGAGACACGCCCAUAGACACCUUUCUCAUGGAGAUGCUCGAAGCGCCACACCAAAUCACAUGACACGAGUCCCACUUCCCUCUGUAUAUACUCCCACAAUGUAAUUGAUAUGAAGAUGAAACUCGAUUCGAGUUGUAAAACAGACGUAUUUUGUACAAAGAACAAAUGAUUAUUAAUGUCAACAAUGUGUGUUUUUUGGGGGGGUACGAGGAACGUCCGGUUUAAGAGAGUGGAAUGGGGUGUAAAAAAAAUACUCUGUUAAAAACACAAUUCUAAUAAAAUUUUGUAAAUAGAUAAUUUCAGGUAUCCAUUUUAAAAGCAACCCAAAGCAAUAUUGAAAAUAAUAUUUUAUUAAAAGAUGAAUUGUAUAACACUGAAAACCGUCCCUAAGUUUCUAAAAAAAAUUAAUUUUAGAAUUCUUCCAGAAUAAAAUAAUAUACAAUUUGGA